AGAAGGAGACGCACUCAUUCGUCAUCUCGAACAUCAAGUUCUCGAUCGACGGCCAAACAGUCGUUUGUUUCGCAAUCAGUCGUUCAAAUCAACACGAAUGUACAUCCCCACGCAGUCCAUACUGUUUCGACACAGCAUCUUUAUCCAAUGUAUGCUGCACAUCGGUCCGGCCCGCCCCCAGCAUAUCCAGGCAGCCCACCUCAGCACCCCGUGUACGGUGCAGUGCCACAGCAGUAUCCGCAAACAUAUGGAUUACCGCCACACUCCGUCGCAUCUCAGCACAGCCCUCCGGAGGCACGGUUCGCAUCUCCAUCGCCCCCUCGGCAUCAGCAACCACGAAAACCGUCACGCGACGAAGGCCCGUUUCAGCAGCAAUGGGACAGACUGGAUCGCAUAGCAACGAAGUCAAACGCGGAUCUGCGGCAGGGAACCUCCAAGUUGAUCACGAAUUACAUUGAGCGACCAACACAUGCCAUCGCAAUGAGGAGUAUGCAAACCCUGUGCCAAGGAGCGGCACUUUGCGACGUCAUCAGCUCCAAGUUCGACGCAGUCAUCACUAGCAUUGACGAUGACAAGUUCAGUGGGAAAGAGGAGGAUCUCAAAGUGUACGAGGAUACACAGCCAAGACCGACUAAUCCUAACCCACCACCACCUGGACGCCGAAAGGACACAGCCGAAGACCAAGUUUACGAGGCGCUGGGAGGUGAUAAGGGCUCAAAUCACUUCGCCAAGGUCUGGCUCUACUCGAACUCACGUCUCCCACCGCAUCUUCCUCCCUUCAAAGUUUACAUGCCAACCUACCCGCUCCUAUGUCUGGCCGCGACGUAUUCAGAGCGCGUCUACCAACCGCCCGUGCCAAAAUCGAAGGAAGUCGAAAACCACAUCCCAGCAAACUGGCGCAGCGGAACCAAAGCCAUGGUACUGAAAUCCAUACCAGUCGACGACAUGAACACAGUCGUAUUCGCAGUCCGCGGCAGCCAGACAUUUAUGGACUGGGCCGUAAACUACAACUCCGCCCCCACAAGCCCCGAAGGCUUCCUCGACGACCCGUCCAACUUCUGCCACGCAGGCUUCCUCUACGUCGCACGCAAAAUGGUCAAGCCUGUCGCCGAGCGGCUCAAAGUGCUCAUGCAAGAAAACCCCGCGCGCUCCAACUGCAGCCUCUUGAUCACGGGGCACUCAGCCGGCGGCGCCGUCGCCGCCCUGCUCUACGCGCACAUGAUGUCCAAGUCGGUCGACAGCGAACUCAACUACCUGACCAGCUUCUUCAAGCGCGUGCACUGCGUAACCUUCGGCGCGCCCCCGAUCUCGCGCUGGCCGCUGCGCAAAUCCGACGACCCGCGGUACAAGAAAUGGCUGUUCUACUCGUUCAUCAACGAGGGCGAUCCCGUGCCGCGCGCAGACAAAACCUUCUUCAAGAGCCUCGUCAGACUCUACACGUCCCCCGCGCCUGCCGCCAAGGCCGCCGAGCCGCCGCCGAAGGCGAGCACGGCACCGCUGCCUGGCGUCGAGUGGCCGGUGCCCGCGUGCGAGCUGAGUCCCGCAGGGAGGCUGAUUGUGCUGCGGGCGCUGCCGGGGCGGCGCGAGGACGAUGUCGAGGCGGUCACGGUCGAGGAGAGCAUGUUGCGCAAGGUCAUGUAUGGGGAUCCGUUGAAGCACCAGAUGCGGAUUUACAAGGAGCGGAUUGAUCAGGUGGCGACGAAGGCUGUUACUAUGGGGGGC